UAUCUGUUCUCUUUGUAGAGGUCUACGUGACCUUCGUCAUGUAUACAAACAUAGUCACGUUGCAGUGCUGAUGUACUUGUGUGCUUUGCUCGGCAGUUUCAUUAAUUCUUCAGCACAUUCAACAUCUAUCCGUCAGCUCGUCGAAAGCUGAAUAAAAAGCCAUGACUUCCAUGCAAAAUAUUUUUUUGGCAAGUUGGUCACCCGUUACUGAAGGGAAAUACCAUUCAGAAAUCCUGCCAGAAGUACUUGAGUUCCAGUCAAGUGUCAGUGGCUCUCAGGCCUUUCUACUUUGCAGUUCAUCCUGAUCUUUUUCAGCAGCAUCCUCAAGAACGAGAUACAAAUGAAAAUUCUCUCAAGCAGCUCAAUGGCUACAUUGAAACACUUAUGCACUCUAAACCUGUAAGACCAGCAAAAGUCAAAUUCUUUCUUCGGAAACAGCAGUCUACUGAUCAACAGUUCAGGGCUGUAAGCAUCUCCCUUGCCCAAAGAGACAUCCGUGGAGCAGUACAGAGUAUUCUUUCUUCGUGUGCUCUGUCAACUCAGUAUGUUGACAAUCUGGCCACCAAAAAUGUCUCAUCAAAACACAAAAUUUCUAUUCAAGAUGAAAAAUGGGAUGCAAACUUGUGGGAGGAUACGUUCCGAACGGUGGAAAAUACUCCGCCAAGGGAAGACACUUUGUCCGAUUGGGUGAAGAGGUACAGCAAAGAUGCCGAUGAGCGUUCAAAAGCAUGCCAACCCGUCCGUGACGAAAUCUCCCGAUUGCAGGAAGAGCUAUGCAAAAAACUCCAGUUGAAAGAUCUCGUGUGGGCCUGUGGAUGGGGAACGUCCCAUUUCCGUGGUUGUCUUCAGUCGUUUCAAUCUCUUGUCACUCAUCAUCCUGAAGAAAUGGAAAUCUUAGCUGGGAAAACUGUGAUUUUCGGUAGCGAGUCUGGAGUUUCCCUUCAAGGACAUGUCGUUCUGAAUAGCGGAGAGGUUCGCCACAAUUGGCUGGAUGUGAUCCGUAACUUACUACGUUAUGAGAUUCCACUAAAGCGAGUACCCGCGCUGGAGAAAGCUCUUUCUCGUUCCUUUUGUGAAAUCAAAGUAGCACAGCGCCUUUUUCGGCCAGAGCUGUUAGCUGAGGCAUACGAGUCUCACCUGAGGAUGUUAACAACCAGCAUGGGUGACUACCGUGCGCGACAUCAAUUUCCCGAUGAAUGGCCUGAGAACAUGAGCGACUUUCAUUUAGUUGUCGAAGGGGAAGCUGGUCCUCUGAUGCUGUCUCCGAGUGGACAGUUCAUUACUCCGUCUUCUUGUCCGAUUUCGUUACUCGUUUCAUUCAUAACAGCAAAUCUUCAGGAAGCCCGUUCACGACUAGAUCAUUAUGUAGCUGACGUGAAGCAAGAAAAAGCCUUGAUUUCAGAAUGCAUGCAAACGUUUGGGCUUUUGAGUUUGGACAAAGACGAUAACGUAACUCCGUCUGAAUGUAGCCAAUGCUGCCGACAAUUGCUGAAACAAAUCGAUUAUUUACGUCCAUUCUUGCAAAAUGGUCGUAUUCGGAUCACCCAUUACUACUCCUUACUUUCGGAUGGCGAAAUGUGCAUCCCAUGGAAUGCAAAAUAAAAUGAAUCUACAUAUUGUAAGAGCCGUCUGACGUGUGAAGUUACGCA